AUGCGUCAACAUUAUCCCGACCCAUACAUGGCCGGCAACCUUGGUGAGUUAUGACAAAUUAUUCAUGUUUUCAAAGUCAAGAAAGAUAUGUUUUAUCUCAUGGCUGCACAACAGUUACUCAAAUAAUACUAAUGCUUCAUUAAGAAGGAUGAAAAAUUAUUUUCUAAUUGAUGCUUUUGUUCUAAAAUCAUAACCAAAAAAAGACAUUUUGGACAACAUUUGAGAAAUUUGUAAAUAAAAAGGUUUCAUUUCUUUGCAACUCAGAAGCCAUUGAUUAAACCUUUUAAAACUCUUAACUGCUAAUCACAGUUAAAAACACCUCUAAAUGUAUCCAUCUGUGUACAUGUAACUCUACAUAAGAGAUGUAGGUGAACAUAUGUAGUUUAAAUUUUGAUUUCAAUGAAGGGAUGGGUUAUAAUAGUAUAUGAAUAAUAAAAAGGCCAUUUUUUUAACCAAAGAAUAAAGUUCCUUUUCAGAAGAUUAUUCAUCAGAGGAGUUUAAAAGUGAAACUGGUCAGCCAAACUCUUUUGUAUUUGAUAUAAUAACAAUGCUGAGAAAAACAACCAACAGUAUCUGAUUUUGGUGACUUUGGCAACUUCACUGGUGUUAAGCCUCUUCCUUUUUGGGUAAACUGUGUUGAAUAGAAAAUAUAACUGAUUUGUUGAGCACCAGAGGUUGACAGAGCACUAAAUGACUGAAUCAUAUCUCAAUCUGUGUUUCUUUUCCAUCUUUGUUUGAGUUCAGGACAAAAUGUAAAGGACCUUAUCCUGUCUCUUUAACUUUUUACACAGGGCACAUCAUUACAAAUAAUGAUGAGUUGAGAAUAGUGAUGGUGGGGAAGACUGGAGCUGGGAAAAGUGCCUCUGGAAACACCAUCCUAGGAGAAGACUGCUUUGAAUCAAAAUUCAGUGCUCAGUCCAUGACUGUGGGGAGUUCAAAAAGAAGAGGCACAGUGGGCAGACAAAAGGUGGCUGUGAUUGACACCCCAGGCUUUUUUGAUACUAGGUUUAGCAUGCAAGAGACGGCUGUAGACAUCAGCCAGUGCAUUACGUAUGCUUCUCCUGGUCCCCAUGUGUUUCUGGUGGUCAUCCGGCUGGGUAGAUUCACUGAAGAGGAGAAGCAGACAGUGCAAAGAAUUCAAGAGAUCUUUGGCCAGGCAGCAGACAGAUACAGCAUGGUUCUCUUUACUGGUGGAGACGAGUUAGAGAUGGAACAAAAAACUAUUGAAGACUUCUUGGCUGAAAGUCCAGAUCUGCAGGAGCUUGUCACCAGGUGUAACAACCAGUACCAUGUCUUCAAUAACAGAAACAAAAAAGAUCACAGUCAGGUCACCAAGCUGCUCCAAAAGAUCAGAGAGAUUGUGCAGAAAAACGGAGGAGCCCACUACACCAACGAGAUGUUCCAAGAGGCUGAGAGGGCAGUUGAUGAGGAGAAAGAACGCAUCAUGAAGGAGAAAGAGGAGGAAAUCCAAAAUGAAACAAAAAAAAUUGAGAAGGAAAUACAGCAAAAGUUCGAAAGAGAGAUGAAGACACUAAGAGAUCAACUCCAGGCUGAUAGAGAGAGAGAGAGAAGGCAAGAGAGAGAGAUGUGGAGGCAGCAGCAGAUGAUCCAUGAGAUGAGCAUUAGGGAGAGGGAGGCGAGAGAAGCAGAAAGGAUGAGAGAGAAGCAGGAAAAAGAAAGAGAGCUGUACAAACUGUCAGAACAGUAUGAAAAUAAUUUGAGAGAGGUAAUGAGAAGACAGACGCAGGAGAUGAAUGAGCAGAGAAUGAAGGAAUGGCAUGAGAGACAAGCAGAGAGGAUGAGAGAGAGGGGGGAAAAGGAAAGAGAGCUGUACACACUGAAAAAACAGUGUGAGAAUGAUUUGAGAGAGAAGAUGAGGAGGCAUAUACAGAAGCAGGAGAUGAAUGAGCAGAGAAUGAAGGACAUGAAUGAGAGACAAGCAGAGAGGAUGAGAGAACUGCUGGAGGAAAAAGAAAGAGAGCUGAAAAAACAACAUGAGAGAUGUUUGAGUGAGGAGAGGAAUAGGAUCACAGAAAAGUAUGAAAGACAGGCCAGAGAUAAAGCUGAGCGCUCUAAUCCUGUCUUCUCUGCGUUUAAAAAGACAGGCAGAUUUUUAUGGAGUGGAUCUAAAGCAUUGGGAAAGGGAUUUGUUAAAUUGUUUAAGUGAGUGUUUCACCGUACAAGUUUCAUUAUACAUAUGUAUUCACUGACAUAUCUAAUCUUGAAAUAGAGAUGUGAUAAUGAGACUACAGCUGUGUCAAAGCAGUUAAUGAGUGACCUAACAAGAGCUCAAAGAUAACAGAUUUGAUCUUUUUCAAAUGUUCUUAUCAUUUCAUUUUAAGUGUUUUCAGUCUCAUCUAAGCUAGAUUACAUUUAAUGCUGAUUUCUAAUUUGAAUUGUUCAUUCUUGAAGAUGCUUUCUUUUAAAUCUAUUUGUCAGAGGUUGCUAAGUGCAAUAUUUUCCACCACAAAUCUUUAGCUUAUGUACAAAUAUCAAAAUAGCCAUGAAGAUCUGUUUCUAAUCAGCAAUAAUAAUCUUGACUCUAUGUGUACGAUAAAAUCACAUAUAUACAAUAUGAGUUGAGUUUAACAAGGCUUCUGUUGUCUGGAUUUCCUUGUUUCCUGACCUACUGUUUAAACAUGGGCAGACACUGAAAACUUCACUUUGCUCAUUAAAUUUUUUUUUUCAUUAGACUGUUUAGCCAAGUCAAUAAUCAAGAACUGAACCGUGCUCUGUGUGUAGACAAUGGGCAGUUUGUCUAG